GUGGGAGGGAAAAAAAGGGGAAUGGCCUAAACUGAGUCAGCCGGCGGGUGAGCGGGCGCAGCACAGCUGGUCUGGGCAGCCGUCCUCUUCCCGCACCGCUGCGAUGGAACCGCAAAGGUACAGAUUUCUGUUACUGUUCCUUCAUAUCCUGAGAGCUGUUACUGCACUAGAGAUCAUCAGUAAACCUGGUGACAAUGUUACACUGAGCUGCAUUUAUCAAGGAGGAAAAUUGCACUUAGAAAGCCUACGCGUAUAUUGGCAAAUAGCUGAUGAUCAAGACCAGUGUCCAGUUGUACAUGCACUGAUCUCUGGCCAAGAUAAUGAAAGUGAGCAGUGCAUACAUUUUAAAAACAGGACCCGGUUAUUCUGGGAUAGAUUGGAAGAAGGGAAUUUUUCACUGCUGCUGCUGAAUGUCAGCCAGAGUGAUGAACACAUGUACAAAUGUGUAGUGCUGCAGAAAAGUGAAUAUACUAAAAUGAUUCACCAGGCAAACGUGGCUCUCAGUUUAGCAGCUAGUUAUAGCCAACCAAUACUCAGAGGACCAAUAAGAAACAACACUGAAGAGGAGGUGACUUUCAGCUGCAGAUCUGACAGUGGGUACCCAAAGCCCAAUGUUUAUUGGAUAAAUAAAACUGACAACAGUCGUCUGCCUUCAGAACUAGAGAUCACCCACCAUGCUGAUGGAACUUACAGUGUUUUUAGCACUUUGAAGGUUAAAGCCUCUCCUAACAUGCAAAUAGAGUGCUCCAUAGAAAAUAAAAUACUGCAGGAAAACCUGUCAGCUAACUACACACAGGAGAAGCAAAGCAAUGAUUCUAGCACAGAAAGUCCCGAAAACCUGGAAAAAAAACAACGAGGUGCUCAAGCAGUUGGCAUCAUUUCCAUUGUCAUUCUGAUAGGUGUUCUAGUUGCUUUAACCUGCUGGCUGAGGAGACAAAGGCGGAGGUCCUCUAAACUAGUGUCCUACACAGAUGUUCAAUUAGACGAAGACGAAGGAGGACUCAACACUUCUGUCUAAAUGGAAAGUCUGCCAACAUUUGGGGCACCUGGAGAUGUGUCAAGAGAAGCAUCACCCCCCAUAUCAGCAGCAGCAUUGCUUGUAAUACAAGUGACAAAUUUCUGCAGAGUGGGCCAAGGGAAGUGGCAAGAAAAAGCUUCUCCAAUACAAGAGACAGCAAAAUCUUCUGGAUUUCUGUUCCAGCCAUUGGUGGUAUCCACACAAGCUGUGUUACCACACCAGCUAACCUCUUUGGACAGUCUGUCAGUGUUUUGAGCUGCUGCACUAAUGAAAGAAGUAAGCCUGGGACUUAGCUACUCUGUGCCAGACCAGUGAAAGCUGGUGAGUGCAUCACCCACGAGGACUUUCCUAGCAGCAAAAGCAGCUGCAUUUCAGGAGCAUGGGAGGGUCUAGCUCCUUACCCUGACAAUGACUACUGAAUGUGAAGAAAGGCAGCUGAAGUGAAAAAAAAAAAGGAAGAAAGAAUUCUGAAGAUCUCUUUGCAAAGUGAGAUUUGUGACUUUUUCCACCUUCCCCUCUCUACAGCACAUCCUUUCAUUGUCUGUUUUUGCCAGCUGCACGUUAUUGUGUACAGAACUAGGUAGAACAUUUUGGCCUAGUUCUCCAAAAAUAGGAGUUGCUCUGAUGAGUUUAAGCACUGGAUAUGUUAACGUAAGGGAAUCUGCAUUUUUUAAAUGGUAUUGACAUUGUUUUUACUGAAUAUUCCACUAAAGAGGGAACUUCCACUUUUGACAGAAGCCAGUGCUUACUGUGUGAAAGAACAUGCUGUGGAAAUCUACCCAAAAAUAGUGGGCUCUGCUAUGUUAAUGUCAGGUUAUCUGGACUUACCUUUUCAGGGUGGAACAAAAACUCUGGUCAAGCUCUCCUAGUCUUUAUAGAAGCACACUCCUGUGGUAUCCAGGGACAGACUUUAAACUGAGUUUUUAAGUGAACCUCUCCCUCCACCUCAAAACACUGAGCCCUGGAAACACUUCUCUUCUCCUGCACCAAUUGCUAGAUUAAAAUUCUACCAUUUCUGUGAAUAAGCACAGCUUGCUUUGUCCUAGCUCUUGUGUGGAAAGACACUCCAGCAUCAACUGUGAGACAGGAUGUACAAUUUUUCAUACCAAGAUCAUUCCACAUCUCAGCCAAGUGAAAAUAAAUUUUGUUGUCUUGCUCUUCCACCAUGUGGAGUCCUGAACCAUUUGGCAACAGUAUAGUUAGCAGCACCCCCCAAGAAGUCUCCAAGUUGGAUAGCUUUGCACCACUGCUGCACCAGUAUCUUGUGGGAGGGCUGCACAGACUCAGCCUCCAUAGCAUUUAAGAGCAGCAUCACUUGAUGCUACUAUCUAGGCUUAGUCACCAAUUUUACCAGGUUAGGGAAGUUGUUUAAAACCAAACAAAACAAAAAAACAAGCUGCAACUAAAUAAUUAAGCUCCUGUCUCGACUGCAAAUAACUGUGCACAAUUGUAGAUUCCUAGAGACAUUAUUAAUGUCCAAAAGAGUACAUUGCAUAUUUGCUAGAAUCUUUAGCAUCUGUGAAAAAAAAUACUGUUUUAUUCAUUUCACCUUUGUCACCUGUAGCCUUCCAAUCUACAAAUGUAACAUACCCUAUCAGGUAGGGAUUUGUCAGUUAAAAUUGCUGAGGUCCCAUAAAAUACUUUAAAUGUCAGCCUUUCCUUGUCUUCUCUCACAUCCGUUUUCUGAAUCCGUGUCUUGUCCUCAGUGCAAGCUUGCAGAGACCUUAAAAAUGUGAACAACGUCUGUGCAGGCAUGGAGGGUAACCAUUUCCUAGUGGCUCAGUAAGAAGUCCUGCAGACAUUUCCUCCCUCCCUACCAUGUAAAGCUGUUUUGUGCAGCGUCUUUGCUGCUGCUGCUGCAACUGACAAAAGCCUUUUCUAAAAAUGGUUUUCCGCCUUUACGUUUUGCAACUGCAAGAAGCUGUAAUCAUUUAGAGAUGCAAGAAGUAGCCUAACAGUUGCUUUGCAAUAUGAUGUUAAGCUAAUAUAGACUGGGUGGAUUUUCUUACUCCUAGGCUACUUCAUGGUACAUAGCAAAUAUCUAAAUGCAACAGCCUGCUCUUGCAAAAUCCAUACUUUCAAUUGGUUUGGGUUUCCAGCUACUUUUAGAGGCAAAUAAGUCCUAGAUGACAGUUGUUUGUUACUAUUCAAACUACUUCAGAAUUUUGUAAUAGCAGCAUAUCACAUACCAUGUUUAUAUUUUAAAUAAAAUCCAUUCAUUCCUCUGGA